CAUUUCCAAUCUUUACAAUUUGUUCCAGAAACUGCUGCCGCCCGCCCAGAAUCAUUGUAGACUUGCUAAGCAAGCCAAGGCUUGUCACUAAUCAGUAAUUUCCGGUACCCAACGACGGCGUCUCUUUGUCGCUGCUCCGCCCACUGCCUUUAACCUCCCAAAAACCUCCGGAUUUCCAUGAGCCCGUCCGACGUCGUCGGAGACCGUUGCUCGCUUUCAACUCCCCCGUUUCAAACCUCUAAACCAAUUAAUCUUCCUAAAAAUUUUUCAUAGGUUUGAGUUCAAAUAGUUUAAAAUGGGCAGAUGGAAGCCGCUUGGUUCGUCAGCACAUUCAAUUUUGAAGAAUUUUUGGGUAGUUUUAAUCAAUAAUCAAUUAUUUUUGCUCAAUCAAAAUUACUUACUAUUUGAUUUAUCGCUUCAUAUCUUCUUCUGUUCUUUUUCAUUUUAUUUUUUGCCGCAGUUUCGGAGUUCAAAUUUUCUAGAAUGUUCAGCUGGAAAGAGGCCAUUGCAAGUGGCAUUUCCGGCCUUGGAUCACCGCCGAUAUUUGUGCAGUUGCAGGAUUUUAUUGUACCCUGCUGAUUUUGUUCCUAAAGGGCUAUUAUUGUCCAAGCGCUUCAUUCAUGCCACAGGACCUUCCAAUUCCACGGAAAGAGAUUACUAUGAAAUUCUUGGGGUCUCUAGAAAUGCCACCAAAGAGGAGAUUAAGAAGGCUUUUCAUGCUCUUGCGAAGAAGUACCAUCCAGAUGCGAAUAAGAAAAAUCCUUCUGCAAAGAGGAAAUUUCAAGAGAUAAGAGAUGCUUAUGAGAUUUUACAAGAUCCAGAAAAGAGAGCCCAAUAUGACAGGAUCAGUGAAUAUGGCAGGACUGGAGAAGAUGUGAACUAUUCUUCUGGGGAUGCGGAUGGGUUUAGAUUUACCUAUGGAACUCAAUUUUCUGAUUCAUUUUAUGAUGUUUUUGCUGAGAUAUUCAAAGAUCAAGCAAAAUUUCAUACCAAGGAUAUCCAGGUGGAGCUUUCACUCUCUUUUUCUGAAGCUGCUAAAGGAUGCACCAAGCAUUUAUCUUUUGAUGCGGAUGUCCCCUGUGAUGCUUGCAAUGGGCAUGGCUAUCCACCAAAUGCAAAGCGAAAAAUUUGCCAUAAUUGUCAAGGCAGUGGGAUGCAAACAUUUCUUCGCUUCACUGAAACGUGCAGUAUGUGUAAAGGAUCUGGUGUAAUAUUUAAGGAAUUUUGCAGGGCAUGCCAAGGAUCAGGUGCAGUUGAAGGAGUGAAGCAUGUUAAAGUGUCAAUUCCGGCAGGUGUGGACACUGGGGAUACAAUUCAUGUUGAAAAUGCUGGCAAUGCUGGCAGACAUGGACUCGAACCAGGCAGCCUGUUCAUAAAGCUUAAGGUCACUGAAGAUCCUCUUUUUGCCAGAGAUGGGGCUGAUAUAUAUGUAGAUAGUAAUAUAAGCUUUACACAAGCUAUCCUUGGUGGAAAUGUGGAAGUGCCAACUCUGUCUGGGAAGACGAAAGUGCAAAUUCCCAAGGGUGUUCAACCUGGGCAGCUUCUGAGACUAAGAGGCAAAGGGUUGCCAAAGAGUGGCUUUUUUGUAGAUCAUGGGGAUCAGUACGUACGGUUUCGCGUAAACUUUCCAGUAGUCUUAAAUGAACGACAGCGUGCAAUACUAGAAGAAUUUGCCAAUGAGGAAAUUUCCAGUGAGCAUAACACGUCUGGUGAAGGAAGUUGGCUUUACCAGCAGCUGUCUACUGGUUGAACUUACAGGUGGCAGCAAAUGCUCGGUCAUGUUUUGGCCCCCAAAUAUGUGCUUGAGUUCUCCGCGUUGGUGUUAAUCCUUCUGUUGGUGAAGAAGAUUUUGGGAUGAGAGUCAUCACAAAGUGAAGAUUGGAGUUAUGAACGGAUGGAUACUUAGAUGAAGAGCUAUCAUUUUGUGAAAAAAUCGAAGUCUUGACUUUUGUAUUCUUUCUUGACAAUGGAAUGCUAUGACAUCCGUCGCAAUUUUGGUGCUGAUGAUCUUAAAAAAAAAAAAAAAAAAGUAUAGAAAUUGUGUUGAACUGGACAUUUUUAUGUAUCGAGUUGCUAUUCUUACAUUCUGAUCUUCUCAUGUAAAGAUCUACUUGAAAGGGAUGAAUAUAUAAUAACAAAUUACGCCA